GGGCGGGGCCGGCCGGGCUGCUGGGCCAUGCAGGGCGCAGAGCCGGCGAAACGCUGCUGAGACUCGGUUCCGCGUGCCCAGGAGCGGCUGAUGCCCCCCGCGCUCCCCACUCUGCUACAGCAGCCGGGCCGCAUCUGGACUGCGUGCUCCGCGGCGGGGCCGACACCAGGCCACAAUGCUGCUUGGGGCGUCUCUGGUGGGGCUGCUGCUGUUCUCCAAGCUGGUGCUGAAACUGCCCUGGACCCAAGUAGGGUUCUCCCUGCUGUUCCUCUACCUGGGGUCUGGCGGCUGGCGCUUCGUCCGGGUCUUCGUCAAGACCAUCAGGCGUGAUGUCUUCGGCGGCAUAGUGCUCCUGAAGGUGAAGGCCAAGGUCCGACGGUACCUGCGGGAGCGGCGCACGGUGCCCAUCUUGUUCGCCUCCACGGUCCAGCGCCACCCGGACAAGACGGCCCUGAUCUUCGAGGGCACGGACACCCACUGGACCUUCUGCCAGCUGGAUGACUACUCAAGCGGCGUGGCCAACUUCCUGCAGGCGCGGGGCCUGGCCUCGGGUGACGUGGUCGCCCUCCUCAUGGAGAACCGCAACGAGUUUGUGGGCCUGUGGCUGGGCAUGGCCAAGCUGGGCGUGGAGGCAGCUCUCAUCAACACCAACCUCCGGCGGAACGCGCUGCGCCACUGCCUGACCUCCUCCCAGGCCCGGGCCCUCAUCUUUGGCAGCGAGAUGGCCCCAGCUGUCCUUGAGAUCUGUGCCAGCCUGGACCCCUCCGUCAGCCUCUUCUGCACCGGUCCCUGGGAGGCCAGCGCGGUGCCCGCUGGCACGGAGCACCUGGACCCCCUGCUAGAAGAUGCCCCUAAGCACCUGCCCAGCCACCCCAACAAGGGCUUCGUAGAUAAGCUCUUCUACAUCUACACGUCGGGCACCACAGGGCUGCCCAAAGCUGCCAUCGUGGUGCACAGCAGGUACUACCGCAUGGCUGCCCUGGUGUACUACGGCUUCCGCAUGCGGCCCGACGACAUCGUCUACGACUGUCUCCCCCUCUACCACUCUGCAGGAAACAUCGUGGGAGUCGGGCAGUGCCUGCUGCAUGGCAUGACGGUGGUGAUCCGGAAGAAGUUCUCAGCUUCCCGCUUCUGGGACGAUUGUAUCAAAUACAACUGCACAAUCGUGCAGUACAUCGGUGAACUCUGCCGCUACCUUCUGAACCAGCCACCCCGGGAGGCGGAAAACCGGCACCGGGUGCGCAUGGCACUUGGCAAUGGCCUCCGGCAGUCCAUCUGGACCAACUUUUGUAGCCGCUUCCACAUUCCCCAGGUGGCCGAGUUUUACGGGGCCACUGAGUGCAACUGUAGCCUGGGCAACUUCGACGGCCAGGUGCGGCCCAG